AUGCCUCGCUCUGGCUCGGGGUCACUGGCGUACCAGAACGUCCCGUCAGAGUCGUACUGGCCUACACCGGCGGGUGGGGCUGCGCCCUUUACGCCAGAGAGACGAAGCCGAAAGAAGUGGUGGAUCAUCGGAGGGGUGUUGUUGGGGACAGCGGCGAUAGCGGCCAUUGUGGCGGGGGUGGUGGUAUCGCAGCAGAAGAACAAGGGGGGUUCAUCGUCGAGCUCGGCGAGUUCUAGCGGGAACAAUGCGGUCUUGUCGAAUCCGAAUGAUCCGAGCGUGUUCGACAAGGACUCGAGGUUACACCAGAGCAUGUGGGGGAUAGCUUAUACCGCCCAAGGCUCGAUCCCACCCAACUGCGGCGCAACACAAGCGAAUGUCACUCGCGACAUGCAGCUUCUGUCUCAGCUCACUACUCGCAUCAGGCUAUACAGCGCCAACUGCAACAUCACCGCUAUGGUUCUGGAGGGCAUCAAGGCGGCAAAGGUGGAUAUGAAGAUAUGGCCCGCGAUCUACAUCAACUCGGACGAGACCUUCAACCAGGCGCAGGCAAAGACCAUCGAAGAGGCUAUCACAACGUACGGAACGGACCACAUCGAGGGCAUCACGGUCGGAAACGAGUACAUUCUCAAUACGGCCGGUACCAACUCCCUUAGCUCCUCGGCCUACCUCGCAUCUGUCUCCAAAAUCCACUCGGAGAUCAAGCAGCUCAACGCUACGAUCCAGAGCAUGAAGCUUUCAAAGCACCUACCAAUCGGUACCUCGGAUGCCGGAUCCGUCAUGUCGACUACCCUCGGUGCAGGCAUCGACUACUUUAUGGCCAAUGUCCACCCUUACUUCGGAGGCCUGGCUAUCGCGGAUGCUGCCAAGUGGACAUGGGACUUCUUCCAGGAGUUUGAUGUUGCGCCCGCCCAGGCAUCAGUCAACAAGCCGGCGGUGUAUAUCGCGGAGGUGGGAUGGCCGAGUCAGAGCAUGAAUGCGAGUGCGGCGAACAGUGGGGCUGGGAGUCCACAGGGUGAUGCUAGCGUGGCAAACUUGCAAACCUUCCUCGACACCUAUGUCUGCCAAGCCAACGCCAACGGGACGCACUACUUUUACUUUGAGGCAUUCGACGAGCCAUGGAAGGCACAAUAUGGAGGGGUGGAGCCGUACUGGGGGCUGUUUGAUAAGGACCGCAACCUCAAGAACAUCACUAUUCCCACGUGCUGA